CAUUACUGACAAGGCACGCCUUUAUGUCAGUCUUUCAAAGUUACUUGAGGAAUGCAAAUUUCAUUCAUGUGAAAAUGUCUUUAAGUUUCAAUAAAAUCCGUUGUAAUUAUCCUCACGGACAAUCUCGCGUCUUGGAAUUUUUCGAGAAAAUGCCUCUAUUAGAUCCGGUUUGCAAAACGCCGUUAUAUCGAUGGAGCCGGUAUUACUCCAUAUGUGCUGCCUUAACGUUUAUAGUCAUAAACUUCUUUCAGAGCAUUCAAUUAUGCUUAAUGUACCCGGAGAAAGCGCCUAGGUCUGUGAAAUCCUUACUGAACAUCAGUGUGCUUCCACAGUGUUCCUUUUUCAAGGUGGUACUCCAUGACAUACACCUUCUCAGCUAUGCUUUUGCGGUCGAGACUAACGUGGCGCUGUUUUAUGAUCUGUUGAGAGAGAACUACAGCUCUUUACUUUCAUACUUUGUAAUCACCGGUUUGGUGCUGGCACUUAAGAUUAGCGUUACUAUCGUAAACUUUGUGCUGAGUUCAGCGGACGCCUUAGCAACGGAAUUUAUCUAUCAAAUGAUGCAAGUGUUUAUAUUAGUUUUUAACUGGACACAAGUGUGUUGUGCGAUUUAUAACUAUUAUGAUAAAUGUCUAUUUGUUGAUCAAUAUUCUCCCAUAUAAAAAGAACGCAUAAUUUGUUUCUA